AACAUAAACAAGUCUCACACCCACCAAUCGAAAUCGCAUCGCAGUUCAAGUUGCCAGUGUGGGUGGACUUUGCUUUAGAAACUGGCAACUGUUAUCACGAGUUCAAGCGUUUCAAAAACACGGCGUGUAUUUAUUAAUUUAAAUAUAAGCAUUUGGCAAGUUUAAAAUACCUAUCAUUCUCCUAUCCAACGUGUAAAGAACGUGUUUUGUUAAAGUACCAUCUGUGAUCAGAUCAAGCCAUUGUUGAAUUCCGGAGUAAUAUCGCGACUAUAACGUUGCGACACGAAACGUUAAUCGCUCUUUAAGUUGAUACGUAACGCAAUACAGUAGGAAUCAAAUGUUUGAAAACCGAAAAUAAAAUAAAAUUGUAAAUUGUAAACGCAAAUUUCUGAGUAGAGAUGAUUCAACUACGAAUAUUUAAAAUGUUUAACCUGAGGACAAAUAAUGACGCAUCAAAUCGAAGGUUGUUUUCGUAGAACGAGAAAGUACCGAAGCCGACCUAUUUGAGGUUGAUUAUCAAAAAUGAAGAAACAGCAUUACAUCUGCAAUACCUAUGAUUCUAGGGGAUUGGAAUUUAAACCGGAAGCCUUGAAAACACUUGAAAAAAGUCUUGAUGAUUUCUUCACCGGAUCAAAUAAGCUCCUAUUUGUGCGAGCUUGUGGUGGUUGUGACAUAUCGGAAUAUAGAAUUCGGAAAGUUUUAUCCGAUUUAAAGCAUGGUGAGCAAUGUAAAACGGUCACCUAUGAUGGAUUCCGUGAAACACAAAUGAAAGAUGGAACGGGACGCAACAAUCAGGAUACAGUCCUUAUAGUCGUUAUAAGAAACGAGGAUAUGAAGCAGGUGGAUAGUAUUGAAAACUUCAAAGUAUCGAUAUGCUGGACAAUUGUUGUUUUCGAAGGAAACUUCGCGCGCGAAAUUGAAUCUAUACAGGAUGACUUUAAAUUCGCAGAUUUGACGGAACCGAUCAAAGAACGUCUGACUUUGGGCACAAUUUGUCUUCAAGGUCGGGAAGUAUUGUUGAAGACAUUUGUAAGCAAAAAACUUGAGGAAGAAAUUUCCGCGGCAGCUAUUGUUCAGUUGAAUUCUUCGGAAAAAUUAAUAGUCGAUGAUGAAGGUCGACUAAUCUCGUCGUCCAUUUACAUAGAUCGCUUGAUAACGGACGAAAAUGGGAAGCCUUUUAAUUUUAAUCAAGAAAUAACUGUUUUAUGCGGUGACCCUAGUGUGGGAAAAAGCGUGUCGCUUGUCAAGAUGGCCGAAGAUUGCAAACGGGCUUUUCCAACAGACAUCGUAAUUUUAAGGGAUCUUCAAACAAUUAUCAGCUAUUUCGAUGGAGAUGUGUCUGACAUUGAAAUUGUCUUCAAAUUUCUUCAUAUAAAAACUUCUGAAAUUGUACAACGAUUAGUUGUGUUAAGAUUAUUUGAAGAACGUAAAAUAAACCUUUUUUUGGAUGGAUUUGAUGAAAUAAGCGAAACCAAAAAUCACAACCUUAUAAAGCUGUUGAAAUGGAUAGCGAAAAAAACAAUGCGCGUUGUAGUAAUAGCUACACGAUCUCAUCGGAUUCAAUUCAUUAAGAAACACCUGAGUCCAACAAUAUGCACUGUACAUCCCUUAUCCGCAGAAGAACAAAAAAAAAUUUUGCAGCAGCAUUGGACUAGCUCAAGCAAUGCAUCUGUUGAUGAGCUGAAAUUCGUAGAAAACUGUAACAAAUUAUUUCAGCACUACCCGAGCUCGAAUAUCCUUGAAAUUCCGGUACAAAAUAGCGUAAUUGCAUCAGUAUACGAAGAUUUGGUUUCUAAAGGUCUGUCUCUGACCGACGUAGCUAUAAGUGAAAUUGUACAGAAAUUAGUCGACAUGAAGUUCAAUAUUUAUCAGCUCAAAUAUUUCAAUUCAGCUAACCGAGCACACGAAGUUAUGUUGAAAACACUGCGAUGGCAAUUCGAAAUCGGUCAUUCAGAAAUAGCUUACGGGUUAGACACUUCAGUGCGAAACGGUACUGAACAAUUACUCGAAUUAGAACAAUUUGGUCUGCUGAGGAUCGAAAGUCACGCAAUUUCAUUUGUUCAUCCAAUUUAUCAGGAUUUUUUCUUAGCGCUUUAUAUUAUCACAGGAGAUGUUGAUCAAGAUACCAUCAAUGAAUAUCUUAAAAAUUGCAUCCGUGAGUCAUCGGGCAACCGUUUCAAUGACUUUUUGAACCAUCAGAUUUUUCGCACGAAAGACAUGUACAAAAACAACUUUUAUCAAAAAUUUAUAAGAACAAUCUCUAUAAGUUCUACAUCCAAAAAAGAGCAAUUUUGCACAUUUUUUGAAAAUUAUUGUUCCGAAGAGGAAAUGAUCACUUAUCUGCAUCGUUGUGUAGCAAGUGGCUUUGCUGGUCUCUUUGGAUUGUGUUAUGAAAGCAUUCCAGUUGAUCUGUCCGAAAAGCUGGAAUUCAAAUUUUACCCUCGAAACCACACAACUAUUGAUCUGUCGACGGUUAAUGAGGAAAUGUUGCUGUCGAUGCUACAGCUACUAAACGAGCAUCCCCUAUUGAAAAAAGCGGAGAAAAUUCUGACAAAUUUUGAACUUGACGAAACUGAUUUCCUCCUGAAUGCCAUCGAGGGCGACAAACCUCUUGUGAUAGAGCAACUUUUCAGAAUAGCUAACAGCAUAACGGAAGAAGAAGACGAAGACGAUUUGUUGCAAGAAUUUGUAAGCCAGAGGUGGCGAAUUUAUUUCCGCAAAAUACUUCACAACAAAAAGCAAAUCGUCCUGGAAACUAUUUUCCGACAGUUGGAGAAAAAAUACCUAAACUAUGUGUUGAAACACUUUCUAAGGGAAGCUGAUGUGCUGCACGUUUUGAUCGAUGAAUGCUCGAAGCUGGAGACAGCAAUUCCUGAGCUCAUCCAUAUAUCGCUACAAUUUAUAGAAAAGCAUUCCGAUAAAAGGGACCUUCAGAUUCAGCUUGGACGAAAAACCAAAGGGAAAACUUGUCUUGAGCGUUUAGCGAAUGUCGCGCUGUUCGAAAACCGGGUAUUGUUCGAACUGUUUGCGAAAACAAAAGGGGUUGAAGUGUAAUAUCUGGGAAUAUUAAAGUUUCACUUUCUUUUCAAAUAAGUUUGCUUCUAACUAUCUUUAGCCCAUCUUUGAUCAAGACAGAGUUGCCUUUAUGUAUUCUUAUAAUAGGUAAUACUUUUAGCAAACAAAAAAUUGCAUGAACACAGAAAAGAGACACGGGAAUUUAUAACAUGUGUUUUUAUCAGUUUGUUAUUUUUUGUAGUCGGCCCGAAUAACUGUAAUUUUGUCUAGUGGCAAUUUUAUCGAGUGUUCAAUAAUUUUUGUUGAACAACUAAACUUUUUUAACGAGCAAUCGGUAAUUUGUACCGAACAAUAUUUUUACUUGGGAUUUUUUAUCCCUUUAGAUGCUUAUUUAUUUAUUUAUUUUAUUUAGUAAAAAAAAUUGUUGUUGAAUUAUAGACUUCCCGAGCUCAUCCUUUUUCUCAUACUGUGUGAGACUCUAUUCUGAGCUGAUAUUUUAACAAGAGUAUGUUGUUGAAGAAAAUAACCAAACUAUGAAUAUUACCCCUAAGAAAAAUCAUUUUAAUUGACAUAUGUAUACGAAAAUUUAAAGAAAAAAAUCCAAAUCCGGACUCUAUCACCUCUAUCACUUCACUUACACCGACUAUUGAAACAAAAUAAGGGCCAGGAACUAUUUUGAGAUAUUUUCAAUCCGGAAUGUUUCGAUUGUUCAGCGGAAUAGAGAGAACAAGUGUCUUAAAGCUCCCUUUUUUAUACAAAUGGAUUAUGACAGAAAAUGAACAUUGCUUAGCCCACCGCUUUAACCCCAAAAAAUAUAAAUGUCACACGUACCUUCUUAUUUACAAGCUCAUCAUUAGCUUCAGUAAUCUCAGUUAGUUUAAUAUUUACAGCUAAUCCAAAUAAUAUUAUAAACAAAGCUUAAUAAGAUUAUCUACACAGACCAUGUCAGGGUGCAUUAACCAUCAUUAUCCGGAAAAAGGUUCCAAUUUUGAACUUAACUAAUAAUGUUGAAAAAGGAAAAAUAGUUUUCCAACACUAGGCUGAAAAAAAGAAAUUUAAAUUUAUAAAAAAAUGCGACUCUGAAAAAGGACUUCAGAAAAAAAAUUGGAUAAAAAAAAAUUAAAGAUCUUAAAACAGUUAUUGCAAGUGAAAUGUUUAAUUUAAAACUUUUUUCAAUUUAGAUACAUGACUCGUAUCGCAAGACUAAUAAAAUUGACAAACCCACAUUACUCUUUUAAUA